CACAGUCUUGGAACACCUGGAUUAUAUGAGGUAAUAUGAAAAGUGUUGUAUUGUGAUAUAGAAAUUGCUAAAAUAAUAAAAAGUCAUGCAAACUUCUGUAAUGAAGUGCAAGUAAGUCGAUAUUUUGCAGAACAACAGCAACUGUACAUUUAAAAUGUGAAUCAGAAGUUAGAGUUAGGAGGAUUCUGAUUGUUAAUUAAUCAGAGUAUAUAAGCGGCUGCUUACGACAUCCCUCAACCAGCCAAAAACAUGGACAUGACAUCAUACUGCCACGAACUUUGACCCUCAACACACUGUUGUUUUAUCCCUAAAAGAUGAGACACACAAAGUGAGCUGAUGGGUCCCUGAUGCAGCUCCGCCUGGAGGCCCUGCUGGGAGAACAGCCACAGCUGGUCGAUGGAUCCUGCUGGAGUUCGGUUCUGAUAUGGGCAGUAAAGCUUUACCGGCGCCGAUCCCGGUGCACCCGGCGCUUCAGCUCAACUUCUCAAUCCUGCAGACGCUCAACGCGUUCCCCGCCGCCGUGGAUCAUCUGUACGGCCUGAGCUCGCUCCAAACCAUGCAGAUGAACCACUGGACUCUGGGCUACCCGCCCGUUCAGGGCCUCGUGGACCCGCGCUUCCCGUUCACCGCCGCUCUUCCGUUCGCCGCGCACCUCUUCCACCCCAAACACGGGUCCGUGACGCGCGUCGCUCCCGCGCUGCACAAGGACAGACCCAGGUUUGACUUCGCGAACCUCGCGGUGGCGGCCACGCAGCAGGAUCCGCCCAAACCGGGCGAGCUGUCCAAACUGUCCCCGGACCGAAAGCCCGCGCGCGGCAGACUGCCGUCCAAAAGCAAAAAGGAAUUUAUUUGUAAGUUUUGCGGGAGACACUUCACCAAAUCCUACAAUCUACUGAUCCACGAGCGCACGCACACCGACGAGCGACCGUACACCUGCGACAUCUGCCACAAGGCCUUCAGGAGACAAGACCACCUGCGAGACCACAGAUAUAUUCACUCCAAGGAGAAACCCUUCAAAUGUCAGGAGUGCGGGAAGGGAUUUUGUCAGUCGCGAACUUUGGCGGUUCAUAAAACCUUGCACUUGCAGGAAUCUCCUCACAAAUGCCCCACAUGCGGAAGAACCUUUAAUCAAAGAAGUAACCUGAAAACUCACCUUCUCACCCAUACAGACCUCAAGCCCUUCUCCUGCGGCCGCUGCGGGAAGCUGUUUCGGCGCAACUGCGACCUGCGACGCCACAGUUUGACACACAGCCCACAGCAGGACUACUAACUAGUGAACUAACGAGUGCACACACGUCUGACGGACGCCACGGACUCGCUUUCACCUGAACAGACUCUGUGAACUCAUGUAAAUAAAGUUUAUAUCGUUAUUUUUAUUAUCGUCAUCUGCAUCGGAACUCAACGCGUUUGGAACUGGGAGAAGUGAUUGUUAACUAAAGCGUGUGAUCUGCACAGGAUUAAUAACAUCUGUCUCAGUCGAAGACAAUACAGUGAGUGAGAAGAGACCGACACAAUUCUGCUUUAAUAAAAGAGUUAUCUUUUUUAAAUGGUGACUGGACUUUUG